AUGGCAGUGUGAGUGUGAAUUGUACCGCCAAAGAAGCACGAUCGUGAAUGCCCAGCGCAUCAGAUCUGAUACAGUAGCAGUCACGAGGAGUAGUACAUCCAACGUGCAGUCGCAGUGCGCGAAGCUCUUGAGUCCAUGACAGCCAGUGGAAAAGUCUGACGAGUGUCGCAAGCUGAAAUAGUAUCAAACGUUGCUGGCAUUGCUCUCACCUCUCUUUUCUCAUCCACGACCUACAUCCCUGCCAUUCGCCAUCGCCGUGACACAUCGUUGGCAUUUACACCCUCCCACUCUUAUCCCCAAAGCACUCUCUUUCCCACUACGGCGGUAAGUUGGAUGGCACACGGACGCGCUAGUCAGUCUGCGUCAGUGCAAGCGGUCUCUCACGCUCGCUCGCCCUAUCACUCCUCCUCCCCCUCCUCCUAAUCCUCAUCAUCAUGCACAGAUGACCCGCCUUGCGACUUCCGGUCUCUCGCUUCUCCGCGCAUCGUCCAACCGAGCACUGAGCAGCACAAGCACAAGCGCAGUCCGAGCUUCCAGCGUCUCUCUGCUAAACGCUUCCCGUCCCGCCCCCUCCAAGGCUUCCUCCCGCCAACCCUACAACCUUCGCGCCGCCCUCUUCUCCACCUCUGCUAGCAAGAUGGCUGGCGGUGCUGGUCUUGGUGAAUCCAAUGUCCGCCCUGACCCCGAUCAGGUCGUUCAGGACAUUGCCGACGUGAGUGAGCUGAGGGUGGGCUCGCUCUGGUGCCGCAUGUAUGCGCUUGCUGCCUCUGAUCACUGUCCUCCGACUUGACUGUUCUCUGUCUGUUCUGGUGCUGCUUCUUCACUGCAGUAUGUGCACAAGUGAGUGCCAAGGUUCCGAAUCUUGCUCAUCUCGCAGAACGGUCAGACACUGAUGCAAGAGCUCCGUCUCGCAGCUUCGAAAUCACCUCCGAGACAGCCUGGAACACUGCCCGGCUGUGCCUGAUGGACUCUUUGGGUUGCCACAUGGAAGCUUUGCGCUACCCUGGCGCUCGUGCUGUCCUCGGCCCCGUGGUUCCCGGCACCGUCGUGCCGAACGGAGCUAAGGUGGGUGACAGUGUGGAGGUUCAGGUUGCAGCCCAAGUCAGUCGCAAGCUCACGCUAUGUUCUUUUGCUCGCUCUUGGAUGCGUAGGUGCCAGGCACCAACUACCAGCUGGACCCGAUCCGUGCUGCUUUCAACAACGGCGCUCUGAUCCGCUGGUUAGACUUCAAUGACACUUGGCUCGCAGCCGAGUGGGGUCACCCUUCCGACAACAUCGGUUCCAUUCUUGCUGUCACCGACUGGCUCAGCCGCACUGCUGUCGCUGAGGGUAAGGCUCCCCUGAAGGUCAAGGACAUUCUCGAGGGUGCUAUCAAGGCCCACGAGAUUCAGGGCAACUUGGCCAUUAAGAAUUCCUUCAACCGCGUUGGUUUGGACCACGUCGUCCUCGUCAAGGUCGCCUCCACUGCCGUCGUCUCCAAACUUCUUGGCAACACCCGUGACCAGACUGUGGACGCCAUCUCUCAGGCGUUCGUGGAUGGCCAGUCCCUGCGUACUUACAGGCACGCUCCCAACGCCGGCUCCAGAAAGUCUUGGGCUGCCGGUGACGCAUGCAGCCGCGCUGUGAACCUUGCUCUUCUGGUUCAAAAGGGAGAGAUGGGAUACAACUCUGUGCUGACUGCCAAGACUUGGGGCUUCUACGAUGUGCUCUUCAAGGGCAAGGCCUUUGAGUUCGAGAGAGGUUACGGAAGCUAUGUGAUGGAGAACGUCCUCUUCAAGCUUGUACCUGCUGAGUUCCACGCUCAGACGGCUGUCGAGGCUUCCAUCAUUCUGAACCAGAAGUUCACCGAGGCUGGAAAGACCGCCAAGGACAUCAGCAAGAUCAAGAUUUUGACUCAGGACAGCGCUAUCCGUAUCAUUAGCAAGGCUGGUCACUUGGCCAACUACGGUGAGUUUGCGGACCCGGCGAACAUCUCAGUAGGAGCACGUCGUGAUUUGAGGGCUCAUUUCUUUCCCUUGCUCCCACAGCCGACCGUGACCACAGUCUGCAGUACAUGGCUGCCCUCGGCUUGCUCUUCGGCAAGUGCGAGCCUCACAUGUACGGAGACGACUUCGCCGCCGAGCACGGUGCAGCGAUCGACUCUCUUCGUGAGAAGAUGUGGGUCGAGGAGGACGCUGGCUACACGGAGACCUACUUGGACCCUUCCAAGCGCACCAUCGGAAACAGCGUCGAGCUCGAGUUCACUGACGGCUCCAAGCUCGGCCCCGUCGCGCUCGAGUACCCCGUGGGCCACGUGAGUGACUGGCUGACUCGUCUUGUCGCGCUCUAAGGCACAACGCUGAUCACGAGAGGUCUUUUUGGCCCCUUCUGCCGAUCUCUCUGCUAUCAUUAGCGCGCACGUCGUGAGGAGUCCAUUCCUCUCAUCAAGAAGAAGCUCGGCGUUCACCUCGAGGGCCAAUUCGACGAGGCCAAGAAGCAAGAGCUGCUCAGCUUGAUCGAUGACCACGAGAAGCUGAUCAGCCUCGACGCUCACAAGUUUGUCGACCUCUGGGUCAAGAACUGA